AAGAGCUAGUGGAUAUGAAUAAAGGGAAAUAUCGCCGAGCGUACACUUUGGAUUACUAGUAUCUAGGUUUUUUUUAAUGAUAGAUGAUGCAUUAAAUCAAUAUAAUUUCGCGGAAGGAUGCGCAAUCAUGAUGGUUUAUUUCCAAUUUCGUCUAAUGCCAAUUUGUCCAAUUGCCAAUUAACUCGUCUACUAUCAUUUGGUCUACCGUCAAUUCAUCCACUCACCACAAUGCUAUUUCGUCUAUAACCACUUGGUCCAAUAGCCAUUUUGUCCAUAUACCAGUUGGUCAUACCAUUUGGUCUAAUUGGACUAAGUGUUAAAUUGUGCAAAAUGAAUGAAAAUGAUCAAUGGAUUAGACCAACUGGUUAUGAGACGAAAUGCGGGACGAAUUAAAUGAUGAUUGAUUGAUUGAUUUUAUUGAUUUUAUUUGGAAAGUCACCAUAACAUAAUAGUACAGUAGCAUUAAAACAACAGGCUUGCACAGGAUGACCCACAAAAGCUCGAAAGCUUAUUUCCAGUGGGGUCCUCGACAUACAGAAUUAAGAUAAUAAAAUGGUAAAAUUAUACUAUUUACAUAUUAAAAAAGUGAAGAAAAAAAAAUCAGAAUUUACUAUUACCAAUAAAUAAGAUAUAUAGAUAAUAUAUACAAGAAUAUAACGAAGAAGAAAAGAAGGAGAAGGAAUAGAAGAAGAAAGGGGAGGAGGAGAAGGAAGAAAAGGAUGAGGAAGAAAAAUAAUAAGGAGAAGAACAACAGCAAAAACGGCGACAACAAUAACACGAAGAGGAGAAUAGAAGGAAGAGAUCAAAGAAAUAGAAAGAAUAGAAGAAAGGACAUAUCAAAGCUUCAAUCAAACUAUGUAAAAUAAAUAAUAAUACCUGGUAGAGAAGAGAAAAGAACGUGAUCAGUAUUCAGGCUAAAUCAACCGUAUAACAUAUAAUUUGCAUCUUCUCUUUGACUCUCAAGUGAAAGAUAUUCUUUCAAUUUCCUCUUAAAAUGCAAAAAGUUUCCUAUUUCCUUUAUAUCAUUAAUUGGGAAGGGAAUUCCAAUGUUUUAUAGCAUUGUAAUAAUAGGAGUUACCAAUACUACCUACCCUUUCUGGUCAGCAAAAGUUGAAAUGGCUGUUUCUUGUACUAUAGUUAUGUAAUUCGGUAACUAGAUUAAAGUUUGAUCCAAUGUAAUGAUUCGAUCUAUUGUGAUAGAUGUUAUGCACGUGGUGCAAAAUAAGCUGUUUUGAUCUUUUGUUGACUUCAAGAAAACCUGCUCCAGAGAGUUCGGUGUAGCCAACAUGGGUUCUGGGACCAGAACAGUUAAUGAAUCUAACCAAUUUAUUCUGUAUAAUUUUCAACUUCUUUUUAUCGAGUUCGCUUAUGCCACUAAACCAAGCAGGGUUAGCAUGGGGGUUAGCAUAGUCAAAUAAACUCUGAAUAAGAGCAAAACAGAGAAUACGCCUUGCUUUUUUAUCCAUACAACUUUGAUACCUGUACAGAAAUUUCAAACGGGCAUUCGCCUUUUUCCACGAUUGAUUAUACUAAAGAUGAAAAUGAAAGGGAGCUAGUCAACUCAAUGCCUAAAUACUUUACAGAUUCUUUCCUCUGAAUUAUCUUAUUACUGUAUGAUACCGUACUUCAAAUUCAAAUGAAGUUUUAUAAUUACUUUUAGAACAAAACAGAAUGCUCUCGGUUUUGCCUAAGUGUAACGAUAAUCUAUUAACAGUAGACCAAAUGGUUAAUGGACCAGAUGAUUGUUAGACAAAAUGUUGAUGGGCGGAGUGGCAUUAGACUAAAUGAAAGUAGACCAUGCGGUGAGUGGACGAGUUGGCAGUAGACGAAUUAGCAAUUUACCAUCAUAUUUGGGUCUGUGUCCAUAAAGACUACGUACCGGUCGAGGCUUGCAUUUGGAGACGAGGUUGUUGUAAAUGAUCACCUGACCUUUGUUUACAGCGGAAUAGUGUCACAUGAUUCUGUAUUCGCUGCGGAGGCUACCUCCAUGAUCAAAUUAACCAUGGCAAAGCUUGCAUUGAACACUCUACGACAUUUGUUCUUAAUAAUCUCAAUCUUAUUGUCAGUCACGUAUGCGAUAACCCCAUUUGUGAUAGAAGAGCAACUGCUUUGGGAAUCAUCGGACGAAGGCGAAGUUUCAACCUAUCGAAUUCCCAUCAUCAAGCAAAUGCCAAAUGGAGACCUCCUCGCCUUCAGCGAAGCGCGAAAAUACAGCUCCGCGGAUGCCGGGGCGAAGUUCAUCGCCAUGCGCCGCUCAUCAAACAGCGGGCAGUCGUGGGGACCGAGUGUUUUUAUUCUCAACGAUUACAAAGUUCCAGACGGGUUGAAUCUUGGCACAGUUCUGGUUGACAGUAUAACAAACAACACCAUGUUGAUUCACACGUUCUGUGUUCAUUCAGUAUGCAAUGGCACUGGGCAAAAGCCAUCUGGAGUUUUCAUGGUGACGAGUCCAGACUUUGGUCACAGUUGGUCCGAGCCUGUGAAUUUAGGAGAGAAGAACCCAAAGCUCAUGGACCUACAUUUCGAUCCUGGGCCCGGUUAUGGGAUUCAGAAACAACACCCCCCUCACAAAGGCAGACUGAUUACCUGUGGACAUGCUGAUGGUGCAAACGGUGCAGAUGAACGGUCAAUGUUGUGCCUUCAUAGCGAUGAUGGUGGUGUAAUAUGGAAUAUAAGUAUGGGAUUGGCUGGUCUUCCAUAUGGUCAGACAAAGAAAACUGGAGAUUUUGUACCAGGUGAAGUUCAGAUUGUUGAGUUGAAGAAUGGGACGAUCCUUGCCAAUGUGCGGAAUACCUACAAUUAUCACUGCAAGUGUCGCAUCCAAGCGAUGAGCUUUGACGGUGGAUCGUCAUUCCCCACGACCUCAAUUCAACUGAAAGAAGAACUACUCGAUCCUGACGUCUGUGGGUCAAUCCUCAACUUCAAUGAUGACCAAUUUAUAUUCUUCAGCAAUGCGUACAGUAUCGUUUCUCGGAUCAACCUCACGCUUCACUGGAGCACGGACGCUGGGAGUACCUAUCCAAAUCUUUUGAAUAUUUAUGGAAAAGGUAGCGGAUAUUCAUGCCUAACUUAUGUUGAUAAAAAUCACAUAGCUCUGGUUUAUGAAAAAGAUGAUAUAAAGUUUAUUUCGUAUGUAAGGAUCCAGCUUAAUCUCUAGUCCUAAGUCAAGUUUUUAGAGCAACCAAUUUAAUGCAUGAAACAGAUUUCCUGUUGUACUAGUAUCUGAUUCUUAGUUGUGUUGAAUAUACAUUGCAAUGCCAAAGAAAAUAUUGAUUGAUGGACGAAUCAGACAGAUUUAAUCCAUCUAGUGAACAUGGAUACUACGCCAUGAGUCAAACUUCGAAGUAUUAGAAAUUCAAUAAAAAUGACCUCCAUUUUUGAAUGGAUUUGACUUUGAAUGCUUCUGUAAUUUGUGCUAUUGCCAUUUCUUACAGGAUUGUAGGGAAAAAGUUGCAGCUGAUAUCUAUGUAAGCAAGGUCUAUUAACUAGAUUUCACCGAUUGUAGCUUAUUAUUACUGUGUUUACAUGCUGCAUCGGCUUGCGGUUCAGAACCACGAGCCGAUGCAAAAUUGGCUUUUUGGUUGCGUGUAAACGUGAUUAACUUGCAUCGGCUCUCGGUGCAGAAUCUGCUUUUUUUCUACGUGUAAACAGAAAGUCGAUUCUGCAUCGACAAUUGACCCGCAUUUCAUUUACUUUACCAUUAUGACGUACUUGGAAGCGCACGGAGCCAGCGUUGUCUUUAUUAUGACGUAUAUUGUUGGUGCGCGGAUGAUUUCAGGUUUUUGCAACGUGAGCUGUGACAGCGUGUAAACGCGGUGCAAAAUAAACCAAAAGCCGAUUCUGCAUCGGCUUUUGGUUCUGAACCAAAAGCCGAUGUACGUGUUAACACGGUAUAUAUUACCAAUUUUCCUAGGGAUGUUCAUUUCCUUAUCAUAGCUGUUAUUGUUAUUGUGAAAUACGUACUGUUAUUGUUCUUGUCAUGUUAUGAAAGUUAUUAAUUGUAAUGUUUUUCACUACUUUUAAAAAGUGCCAUUUGAGCACCUUUCUUACAAAUUUAGUGUUUGGAUAUCAGAAAGUAACAAGCACAGAUUAUACACGUAGAUCCUGAAAUUUUCAGCCAAUUCCAUGCUUGAUAUCUGAUAAAAAAAAUAAUAAUGCACAAAUAUUACUGUAAUUGGGCACCAGGCCAAAUUUGAUUUUCAGUUAGAAUUGCAAAAUUUAUCAAAUGAACACGAUCAAACCUUAUGAUCAUCAUGAAUGUUUUUAUGCACACAUUUUUAAGUGGCAUUUUGGCAGCCACUUUUAGGGGGAUUUUCAAACUUAAAUCGGCUUUCAGAUCCGUUUUUCAAUAUGAAAUAUUUUUAAUACCAUUUCAUUAUGAGAAAGAAGCACACUUGACUGAUGGUAAAGUAUGUACAGGGGUGUACUACAAAUUUCCUUCAAAGUAUAUUUAUGUCAACCACCUACACCUGAAGAAUUCAAAAAUUUAGAAAUGUAUAGUAUACAUUGGUAAUAAAUUGGUAUGGUAAAAAAAAAGGUUACUCAGUAAUGUUCACUUAUUUAGCAACCAGAAGACAAAUCUGUACAUUAUAUGAGUACUUUUGACAAUAAUUUAUGUAUUCAUUGUUGAAGUUUGAACCUGUAAUGUAUUUCUAUGGGGGGGGGGGGUCGGUCUCAACUACAACAUAAUUUUCAAACCAACAUGAAAGACUAUCGUUGCCCAUGCUUUAUUUUCUUCAUCACUGUUUGGUACAAAUUGUUAACUACAUAAACAUGUAUUUUUUUUCUUAUGAAAGAAAAUAGAUCAAAACAAAUGGUUAAAUGGUGAAAGUUCUAAUCAGAUAAGGAGUAACAAAGUUUUUGUUGUUCAAGGAAUAUGAUAUCCCAGAGAUUGUACAUUUUAGAUAUCGAAUUGGAACCUUUGUGAGUUGAUUAUGACAAGUGUUAAAAAUUAUUGUAUACAUAUGCAGGAAUAUUGAUUUUUUUUCCCAUACACCGUUUCUCUUGGGGAGUUAUAUUAUUAUAAUGUCCUCAUAAGAGAAUUAUGAAAUUUUGAGCAAAUAUGUUAGAGGACAUUUUUUUUAGGGGGGGGUGUAAGCAGCCAAUCUUAUAUCCACAUGGGUCCUUUACAAUGCAACCGACCACCUCCCCCCCCCCCAUGGAAAUCUUGUCUUCACAUUUAAGAAGUGUCUCAAAAACCUACAUGUACUUAAUCUAAAUUUACUAUUUCUUUUUAGUUCUGUAAUUUUUUAUUUCUAUACCCUCUGUACUUAUUCUAUCUUCAUUCAAUGCACAUUUUAUCUCAUGAAGAGAUACUUUACACGUUUAUAAAAAAUAUUGUUCGUUUUUUCAAUUUCAUUCAAAUCACUUAGUCCUCUUGAAUUCCCUUUUUUCCUUUGAAAAAAUGUUUGAGGCUUAGUUACCAUUUAACUGUGUUAGAAAUGAGCAUGGGCCUGUUUCAUAGAUACUUACAACUAUUGUAACUUUGCCAUUAUGGCAAAUACCACACUAACAUGGUUUAGCAGCAUAUCACAAUCAAUAUUACCAUGGUACAUGUAGAUACUUUAUUAAUGGUAAAGUUACAAUAGUUGCAACUCUUCAUGAAACAGGCCCCAAUUGAUUUUAUUCAGAUCACACGUCACCUACGUAAUAUUUUUCUUCUCAGUGAUUUUGAGUAAUUUUUACUUAAAAUUUUUUGUCGAGUUUCAAUUGUGCAAUAUUGUAAUUUACCUUUGCGAAUAAAAUUUCACAUUGAAAAUA